AUGAGCUUUGGCUUCGGCGUUGGUGAUUUUCUGGCCGUCUUGAAGCUAGCAAAUACUGUGCGAAAACAGUUCAAAGAUGCACCCAGUCAAUUCAAGUCUAUAUCUGACGACGUGAAGUUGCUAUCAAACGUCCUCCGGGAUAUCGAAGAUGAAGAUCCGAGUGAAAAUUUACAAAACGCGCAAAAAGCGAAACUGAAUGAGAUCUCUCGUAGCUGCACGGGGCUACUCGGCGAUCUUCAUGCCAUCAUCAACAAGUACCAGCCGAUCGACAAAUCAUCAGCGGAACCAAGAGGUAUCAAGAAUAUUGGCGACAGGGUAUGGAAACGAUUGAAUUGGGACCAGAAGGAGAUCCAUGAUUUUCGACAACGCCUUUCUACAAAUAUUGACUCCUUCAAUUUGUUCUUAACUCGUAUCACCAAGCAGGUGGCAAUCACCACUCAGCAUGGAGUCACUCAGCUUCUUGAGUACCAAGAUACUCAGCAGCAUGAAAACUGUCUUGAAUGGCUCUCAUCGCUUGAUCACGAUGCCAAACAGGCUGAUUUUUUCAGUCGCGUACAAGAAGGAACUGGGAAAUGGCUUUUGACCUCGACAGAGUUCAACAAAUGGGUCAGUCUGAAUGAUUUGGCUGAUCAACAGCUUGAGCCAAAGACCGCCGAGACGCAUCGUACUCUAUUUUGUCCGGGUAUUCCUGGUGCAGGAAAGACCUUCCUGUCAUCCAUUGUCAUCAAUCAUCUUCAACAAAUCCUCCGACCAAACGAUGUUGCUCUUGCCUUUUUCUUUUGCAAUUUUAGAGAGAAGGUAACCCUCGAGGAGAUGCUUGGUUCUUUACUCAAGCAGUUCGUUCGGCAGCAACCAUCAAUUCCUCAAUACCUAGUGGAUCCGUUCAGAAGAAGGGCAAGUCUCGUUACGAGCGACUUUAUGACUUGUCUCAAAUCUAUGUUUUCCACAUUCUCAAAAGUUUUCCUUGUCAUCGACGCGUUGGAUGAAUGUGACCUUCCAGACAACCUCCGAACAAGAUUUCUUUCAGAGCUCAGGGCUCUCCAACAUGACUUCAACUUACGUGUAUUUGCAACCUCUCGAGAUGAUCAAGGGAUUCCCGCUUUAUUCGAAGGCUGUGCGAGGCUUCAAGUUCGGGCCAGCCCAGAAGAUGUCAAGAGGUUUCUUGCUGGGCGAGUCGGGAUCCUCCCAGCCUUCGUUCAGAAAAGAUCAGACCUACAGGAAGAAAUCAUAACAGAAAUAUCGACAUCAAUCGAUGGAAUGUUCCUCUUGGCUCGAUUGCACAUCGACUCUUUGCAGGGGAAACGUUCACCCAAGUUGAUUCGACAGGCACUGAAGACCCUACCAAAGGGGUUAGACGCUGCAUACGUGGAGGCAAUGAGCCGCAUCGAAAAUCAACAUCCUGACGAGGUUGAAACUGCAAAAGAUGUUCUUUGCUGGAUUUCUUGCGCAACAAGGCCCCUCACCCCUCUUGAAUUGCAACAUGCCCUUGCUAUCGAGGACGAUCAACCUUUUCUUGACGAAGAUAACGUCCCCGAUAUUGAGGAUUUGGUCUCAGUAUGUGCGGGUCUUGUUACUUUUGAUGAACAGAGUGGUGUUGUCAGACUGGUGCAUUAUACGAUGCAAGACUUCUUUGAUCGAACCAAAGAUUCUCUUUUUCCGGGCGCUCAUCAUAAAAUAGCGACUCGGUGCAUAAGCUACCUUUCCUUCGACGUUUUCAGUAAUGCAUCGGUUGAGAUAUCUGGUAAACAAUACGAUACUAUGUUGCGAGAAAACCCUCUUACCGAAUACUCUGCUGAAAAUCUGCGAUAUCAUAUUCACCAGCAAGAAAUCGAUCUAGGUCUUGUUUCGAGGCUUUUUAGAGGUCAAUGGAGUUUUUAUACGCUACUUUAUGUAUGGGAGCGCGACGCGCCAUGGUCGCAUAAUUUGACCACGCCACAACUCUGGGCACCACUCUAUAUUCGGCAUUUGCCGAAAGCUAGACUUGACAUUUAUCUUGCUGCUUGUCUUGAUCUUGUUCAGACAAUGAAAACUAUAUUGGAAGAUGACGCAGGAGAUACCUGUGAUUUCGAGCGGGAAACGGGCCUGACGCCAUUAUGGUGCGCCGCUCUUUAUGACUCUUGGGCAGUUGUCGAUCUCCUGCUCAACUUUGGCGCCUACCCAAGCGCUCAACAGUUUAUUGAAUUUACGCCCUUGAUGGUGGCUAUUCAUUGCAAUCAUACUGAGACCGCGCAGCUUCUUAUUGGAUCGGGGGCCAACAUAAACGAUGAGAUUCAUCAUACUGAAUCAGAGGAUCAUGAAGGAAUCGACAUUCCUCUAUUGCUUGCAAUCGCAAGGAGAAACGAGGUACUCGUCAGGUGCCUCGUUGAGCGAGGUGUGAUCAUAGAACCCCGCGGAUCAAGGAAGCAUGGCCCUUUGGAUCUGGCAGCCUUGCAUAAUCAUGAUGCGAUUUUUGAUUUUCUAUUUGAGGUCAUCGAUAGAAACUCUAGUGGGUCAGACUAUCAUUUCCUACUGUGUUGCGCAGCAAUGGGUGGGCGCGAGCACAUUGUCACACGUCUACUCGAGAGAGAUGACCUUUCUGCUGAGUGGAAAGUUUCAUGUGCCCAGAAUGCACUUUAUGGCCUUUCAUCUUGCGGUCCUGACUACAAUGACGACAUUCCCCAUGAUGCAGUUCUAAAGAUUCUACUCGGACUGGACGGCGUUGAUGUUAACUUUCAGUUUGAAGGAAAGGGUCUUCUUCACAGAAGCAUAGGGCGUACAUCCAAUGUUCGAACUCUGAAGAGUACAAUAGCGACAACAAAGCUGCUGUACCAGCAUGGAGCUGAUCAAAACAUCAAGAACAAGGAUGGGCAAAGCUGCCUUGUCCAAACAGUAGCUAGCGAUCUUGACUAUGGUUUCAAGUUUCGUCUAGAGAUUGCUAAGUUUCUACUUGAUACAAAUGGCCCUCAGGCGGACCUCGAAAGCCAGGAUCACAACGGCCGUACCCCAUUACACCUCGCUGUCAUGUCCAUGCUCAAAUCAUAUGAAUGCCAGGAGAUAGUUCGGCUUCUGCUUGGGAAGGGCGCAAAUCCAAACAGCAGGGAUAAUACAGACAGGACUCCUCUUUCUUAUGCAGCCGAGUUAUCGCUUCUGGCAAUACCCCGACUGCUGCUUGCGAGCGAUGCCAAUGUGGACGACAAGGAUAGCGCUGGACGCACUCCGCUUUCAUAUGCGGUGGGAUGUAACCCCCAGAAACUCUGGGGGCACCACGACAAGCACCUGAAAAUAUUCGCAGAGAAGUGGCCCCCAAACAGCUUGGGUGAAGCUGUUGAAAUUCUUCUUUCGAAAGGAGCAGAUCCAAAUUCUCGAGAUCAUGAUGGUAUGACACCCCUUCUCCGCGCAGAAAAGAAUCUGCCAGAGGACCAUGAAGUCGUGAAAAAACUUCGGAGUUCGUACAGGAGUUAG